AUGGGUAAAACCACGAAGUGGCAAGAUAUGGACGAGGCGGACCCACUGCCUCACGGUCUGAGGCGGACUGCGUAUGACGAGGUGACUCAGCAAUACAGAUUCACAACCGUAGAGGGUGAAGAAUUUGCGGGUCAACCUGGGCGGCGGUUCGGCGAGAUCACCGGUACGGGCACUGUCCGUCGGUCGGCAACGGGCCCCGGGGCUUUGACCUCGGAGCAGCCGCAGACUCAAGUUGGUCGGGCGCACACGUUCCCCGUGAAUUCGCCAGCGGAUAACGUGAAACCCAAGGCGUCACUCGCGUCCUUCGUUACUAUAGCCAACGGUAAGACCAUCGUCGUCUGUGUACUCAUCAGCCAGCUCCAUCUCAGGCUCUGCCAGAGUACGGCGAGCGACUUCAAGUACGACGCCGUCCCUGCGGAGGGUAUCUUCCUCGGCCCCAGAGCCAACGGUAAGACCAUCUCCGUCUAUGUACUCAUUAGCCAACACCAUCUCUACCAACUCACGCCGGGCGACUUUAAGUGCCACUCCGUCCCUGCGGCGGGUGUUUACCCCGUGCCCAGAGCCAACGGUAAGGCCGUCUUCGUCUGUGUACUCAUCAGUCAGCUCCCUCUCAGGCUCUACUACACUACGGCGGGCGUCUUCAAGUGCCACGCCGUCCCUGAAGGAGGCAGCGACCACAGCGGCCCCAGCAGCGGCGAACCUCUCUUCAACAACAAAGACCUGCAGGGCACCCGCGGCGGGAGCUUGCGGCAGCCAUCCAGCGCCCGGAGACCCAUGUCGGCGCCGCCGGUGCCACAGCGCGGACCGACGACACCACCGCCGUGGUCGCAGAGGCUGUUCCAGCGGCGGCCGCUGCCCCGGGAGGAGGAGGCCCAGCAGCCGCCUCUGCAGCCAAAAUCACAGAAACCACAGGAACCACAAGAACCACAGGAACCACAGGAACCACAGGAACCACAGGAACCACAGGAACCACAGGAACCACGGGAGUCACCGCAAGCGCCGGAGUCGCAAGACCAGCGCGCGGUGCGGCAGCUGAUGGUGGUUCUGCAGGACCCGGACGGCGGCGAGAGGAAGGUGCGGCAGGUGCUGACGCUGCUGCAGUACACGCCGGGCGCGGACUUGCGGCUGCAGGCGGUGCUGCGGGACGAGGUGGCGGGCCGGCACCCGCCGGCGCUGGUGGAGCAGCUGAUGGGGUUGUUGGCGCGGUGCAUGACCGACGAGAUGCCGGUCGAGGAGAUGCCGCAGCAUCUGCAGCUGGAGCAUAUGCUGAGGGGCAGUCGGCUGCUGUGGGAUGUGGACGAGCAGGAGGCGUGGCAGGAGUGGCAGGUGGACUUGGACCGGAUGGCGAGGGUGCAGGCCUAUGAUUAUGAGGUGCGGGGGUUGGACUUGGCCCGGGUCCGGGCGAAGCGGCAAGGCACGGGGGUGGUGGGCCGGCCGUUGGGAAGGCGGAUGACGGUGCGGAUGGCGGCGCGGGAGCUGGCGAGUGAUACGCUGGCGUAUUUUCAUGGCGUUCUUGCCUCGAUGCUGAUCAAGUCUUCGAAUUCGUUGAAGCGGAAGAACGAGAGGAGGCUUGCGAGGAGGAGGAGGAAGGGGGAGGACACGGAGCAUCUUUGGCAUCAGCUGCAAGAUGAGGCGGCUCGUACGGAGGAGGGUGGUGGAGAGAGCAGCGGGGGGAAGGGGACAGGAGAGGUGCCGAGGAAGUAA